CAUUUACUUAUUAUGGUGAAAAGGGUUUGUCCUUCUUCACUAAUCAAGUGAUUUCUGCUAAAGCCACUCCCAUAAACAAUGCAGUCAGCACUUCGGGGACAGGUAAACCCCGGCCACGCCCUUUUGGAACCUAACCCUACCCCCCACCCUCUCCGUCAUUAUAAACUCUAAGGAUCGCAAUCCAGAAAUCAAGAUCCCACGCACGGUAGUUUCUUGUCUUGUCAUCUGUAGAGUAGAAAGUCCAGAUAACUUUUCCAAUGCAGGGUUUAAAGGUAAAAGUUUGUCAGGAAAAUACAUACUCAAGUACAGAAACCUGAAAAAUCCUACUUGGGUACAGAAGUAUUUGGACUUGUUUCUUCCCACCGCUGAUGACGACAUUGAGUCAAUGAGUCACAGGGGUGCACGUACACAGGACGCUAUCUAGCAACAUUGCACGACUUCAGUGUAAGGUGGAGCUUCACGUGAGUUCCCAGGAAGUGAAUAAGAGAGUUUCACUUUCUGGAAUCGCACCAGUGACGGAGAAUGAAUGGCAAUGCCUCUCAACUGCUAUGAACAUAAUUGUCUGAUCCGAUGCCUUUCGGGGACUGACUCCGACAUGCUGCGGCCAGACAUUCGGUUCACCAAACGCCGAUUGCUUCUGACAGUCGUCGGGCUUCUCCUGUACCUUGUCGACAUCUGGAUAGACGUGGGACUGUCCCUGGAGUAUCUCCUGGACCGACAUUACAUACGCUCGGCAUUGACAUUCUCCUUUGUCCUGGCCGGGCUGCUGGUGACUCAAAUUUUCAGUCACGCCUGGUACGAGGACGACCUCGAUGAUGCUUUGAUGAACCCCCGAGGGAAAUCCACAAUAUUGGGAAUGUCCAAGUGGAAACUCAUGAUCGUCCACCUGUGCGGCGCCGGGAUUUUUACCAGGUACUACCACUUACUCAAAUGUGGCUUCCGAGUGGUCUGGUUCUCAACUGGUUCCCUAAAUGAGGAUGCGAAGAAGGAAGCGCACCACCUCCUCUUUUGUCAGGCCACCGACCUGAGCAUGCUCAAACUCUUCGAGGCGUUCUUGGAGAGCGCCCCCCAACUCCUGCUGCAGAUCUACAUAGUCCUGGGGAAUGGCGAGGCCUCGGUCGUGCAGUAUUUUUCUAUGGUGAUCUCCUUUUUGAACAUCGCCUGGGCCUUGCUGGACUACCGCCGCUGUCUCCGUCGGUCGCUGCCUCGCACCCGGGAGAUGCCGUCCGGCAUACCCACCGUUGUUUACUUCCUCUACAAACUCUGCACCAUUACUAGCCACAUCCUCAGCUACAGCCUCCUUUUGGUACUCACCCCCUACUGCGUGAUAGCCUUGGUGGCUAUUUUGUGGCUGCUUGGGACAAUGUGGUCACACCUUCUUCGCACCAACUUCUGCUCCACCAGAAGCCAUGAGAUGGUCUACCGCACCGUGGUUGGGUUCAUCCUCACGUUCACCUUUUUUAACGUCAAAGGCCAGGACACCAGGAUAUCCAUGACUGUGUAUUAUUUCCUCUACUCGCUCAUUAACGUGACGUCGCCACUACUUUUGGCCUUGUUGAAGCCGGACGUUCAGACGGAAACUUUCUUCCUCGUGAUCAGCGUGUUCAUUUUCUCCGGUACUGUACUGGGGCUGGUCUGCCUCGUGCUGUACUACCUCCACCUGCACCCGAGGGAGAAAAGAAGCCAAUCCGACGAGGUUGACGGGACGGUUACCCACGCAGAGAUACAAGGCAGGAUGAGCAACUUUCUGCAGCCUUGACGGACAUUUAGUCAAGAUAGCGGACAUAGCGGACACGCUAUGACAAGAACAGCAUUCCUUAAACAUUGGAUGGCACUCUGUGGAACACAACACUCCACCAAAAUGGCGGACAUCUUCUUUUUCUUUCAGCUUGUCCCGUCAGGGGUCGCCACAGCGUGUCAUCUUUUUCCAUUUAAGCCUAUCUCGUGCAUCUUCCUCUCUCAGACCCACUGUCCUGAUGUCCUCCCUCACAACAUCCAUCAACCUUCUCUUUGGUCUUCCUCUCGCUCUUUUGCCCGGUUAGCGCCAUCCUCAGCACCCUUCUACACUCUCUCGCCUCUGGACAUGUCCACGCUGUCAAAGUCUGCUCUCUCUAACCUUGUCUCCAAAACAUCCAACUUUGGCUGACCCUCUAAUGAGCUCAUUUUUAAUCCUAUCCAACCUGUCACUCCAAUCGAGAACCUCAACAUCUUAAUUUCUGCCACCUCCAGUUCUGCUUCCUGUUGUUUCUUCAGUGCCACCGUCUCUAAUCCGUACAUCAUGGCCGGCCCCACCACUGUUUUAUAAACUUUGCCCUUCAUCCUAGCGGUGACUCCUCUGUCACAUAGAACACCAGACACCUUCCGCCAACUGUUCCAUCCCGCUUGGACCCGGUUCUUCACUACCAAAAUGGCGGACAUGCUUUCCACUAAAAAUCAUCCAAAGUUGAACUGAGACAACUGGAUUGUUCUUUCAUGCGUUGCUGAAAACGAAUACAAUAUGGAGGCUCGAAAGAAUUACAUUUCAUAAUAAUGGCUGACGUGCUUUGCUGACUACGACACGCCACAAAGAUGGCGGGUAGACUCAGAUUAGGAUAAUAUUUCACAACCAAAACAGUCCAUCAUAUCCCACAAAAAUGGCCGACAUACGUUAUGACGACGUACAAUCAAUAAGAAACUGCUGUCAAUAUCUUAUCUCAUGUCAUAAGGUUUACACUUUUAACCAUGACAGUCGUAUUUCUUAUCUACACACAAGCCACGAUAAACAUAUACAUUUCAAUUCUAUAUGUAAAUUCCAUAUUUAUUACAACGUUGCUUUCUGUACGUUUAUCUUCAAGGCUUCUCUUUUUUUAAAUCUCCGGAGCACACUGAAAGCUGUUACUACGCCAAGACGGAUAUAGUCAAGUGCAAUAAAAUCUGAUAUGAAGGAUUACCUCAUUGUUUUGUGUACACACGCACACUUCCAAGUAUGAUAAUAUGAGUUUUUGCAUCUUAGUGGAGCAGCAAGGUUUGUAAUGCAACCAUUAAACACCAGGGGGCAGAACUGUCAUUGUUAUUUUCUUUUGAGGCUUUAUGACUGCAAAGUAACUAACAAGCUCCAAGGCCAAACGAAGUAGGCGUUUUC